GGAGCUGUAGAGCUAUCAGUGCUUGUGAUGAUGAUGGUGGAGGAGCCCGAGCUGUGGCCCCCAGGCUGCAGCCCAGCCUGUCCUGCCCUGUCCUGACCCCAGCAAGGACCUUCUGCAGGUGUCCUCCAUUUCCCUCUGUGUGCACCCAGAUCUCCUCUGUUUCCCUCAUCAAAUACUCAGAUCUUCUCUGUUCUUUCUAGUGUUUGCUUGUGUCUCCCCUCUGUGCACACUCACAUCCCUCUUUUUCAUGACAAGUACCCUCAGAUUCCAUCCGUUACCCUCCACUGGUGAUCAAAUCCCACUGUCCAUUCUGUGGGUGUUCAGUUCCUAUGGGUUCCAUGAUGAUGUCCCUCCCAGCCCUUCUGUGCACCCUCAUUUCCCUCCACUUUCCCUCCAUGCACACUUAGGUCCCUUCCAUUCCCCUCACGCUCAGAUUCCUGUUGCUUGCCCUCCAUCCACUCGGUUUCAUUCUGGUCCUGGGCAGACACUUGCUUUCCUCUGUAGCCAUCAUCUUGCAUGACCAGUCCCACAAAACCAGUGCCCAGAGGCCACAGCUGUCUCAUCUGCUGUACAGAAAUCUUUCAAGGCCAUUCAGCUGCCUUCUUGCAGGUCAGGACUGUGGCCCACGGGUGAGUCGAGACUUCCUCUGCUUCCCUUAGAUGGAAACCCCUCUGCCUGUGUCCUGUGCUCCAGAAUGCACCAGCUGCUCCAAACACUGUCACACAACUCCCUGCAAGUCUUGGGGCCCCACCCAGACCUGGGCUUGACAGGAUCAGAUUAAACAAGAGCCCCUUGACCUGGCAGCACCUGCUGCAGUGGUGGGAGGCAGGGACAGCCCCGUGUUUGCUCUCCACCCGGUUGGUGACUGUGGCGUUCAAGUGUUUGUUCACUGAGCUACACUCUUCAAAGUUCCCAAAUAUGCUUGUUACCAGGGGAAAUUCCAUCCAAGUCACUAAGCACUCACAGAAGAGACCAUUCCAAGGAUUCUUGCUGGCAUGGGGAUUAUUUUCUUUGCAGCUCAGGGACCUGUGCACUCAGAACCACAGGCACCUCCACCUCAGCUGGUAUUUUCUGAGGGCACAAAGGAAACCAACCUGAUCUCCUCCUCCAGGAGAAAAGGGGGGCAGGACCCACUCAGCCCGCCCACUGCAGGAGGCACUACAAAUGCCUCUGUGCAACCGGCUGCUCCAGAGCUCUGUGCUCCAGAGCAUUCCCACCUGGAGCCAUGGCAGCCCAGUGGCUUCUGCUCCUUGCUUCCCUGCUGCUUUUGGCUGUUCCAGGCCACUGUGUGCAUAUAGAAACCCUAAACAUCUUCAAGAAAUCUCCCUCCAAUGCUUCGGCGACUGCUCUGAAGAAAACCAGUUGGCCCAGGGACUGCAGUGAGGUCCCUGAUGGCAGCUCCAGCGGCGUCUACAUCAUCCAGCCCUCAGGAUUGCACCCCAUCAUGGUGUACUGUGAGAUGGGUGGAGAUGGGGGCUGGACUGUGAUCCAGAGGAACCGGCAGGACACGGAUAUCACCUGGAACGAGUCCUGGAGCACCUACAAGCACGGCUUUGGGAAUGUGCACACCGAGUACUGGCUGGGCACUGAGAACAUCCACCAGAUCACCAGGCAGAAGGUCUACCAGGUCAGGUUUGUCAUCUGGGAUGCUUCAAACAACAAGAGGUUUGCAGACUACAACCUGUUCAGCCUGGACGAUGAGUCCCAGGGCUACAGGCUGAGGCUGGGAGCGCACUCGGGGACGGCAGAGGAUGCCAUGGACUCAGAUAAUCCCAGGAAAGUGCACAACAACAUGAAGUUCUCCACAAAGGAUCGGGACCAGGACACUUACAGAGGGAACUGUGCCUCCCGCUACGGGGGCGGGUGGUGGUACUCGGCGUGUUACUCCGUGCGGCUGAACGUCAAGGGGAGCAUCACGUGGGGCAGGCUGUGCAAGGGCAACUGCAAAGCCUCUGCCAUCCUCAUCAAACCAGCUCCCUACCACUAGAACUCCUUCCCUCUUCUGUCCCCCCUGGGCACAUGGCCAGGCCAGCGCCCUGCUGGGGCCUGUUUGAUGACGGGGGCUGGGGUGAGUAGGGUUGUUCCUCUGUAUCAAGAGCUGCUUUGUUUUCCUCUUAUCCUGAAAAGUAGCGAAGUUCCCUGCUCUGUCUUUGGCCAUUCACCUGCAGUGGGUUUUGGGGGAUCAUUAUUAGCACACAUGUUUAUGAAUGCUGCAGUGUCCAAGCAUUUUCCUUCUGGGGACAAAACUGUGCUCAGAAGCUUAAAACCCUCCUGGUCCAGCAAGGUCUUACUCUCUUUCUGCUUUGUGGGUAUAGAUGUUUUCAGUAGAAAAAUAUCCAUCACUAGCUAACCUGACCUACACUGCACUGAGCCCAGGGCAGGCCAUACCUGCACCACAACCCUGCUGCAGUCUGUAUUCAUCCUGCCAAAUAAAAUCACUUUCAGAUCUG